AUGUCUGAACAAAUCGAAAAGGCUUUUCAGAAACAAGUUGGUCUAGGCUUUAAGACACCUAAGGAAGCUAUUGAAGGUCAUUACAUAGAUAAAAAAUGCCCUUGGACUGGUAUGGUGUCUAUUCGAGGUCGUAUAUUGACUGGUGUAGUAGUUUCUGUCAAAAUGAAAAGAACAAUUAUUGUUCGCCGUGAAUAUUUGCACUACAUCACAAAAUAUAAUCGUUAUGAAAAACGUCACAAAAAUCUUGCUGCACAUUUAUCCCCCGCCUUUGUUGGCGUCUCACCUGGCGAUACUGUUACACCGAUGAACACAACUAGUCCUCUUUCCAAGACUGUUCGCUUCAAUGUUCUUAAGGUUCUGAAGAAAGUUCAAAAGGGACCAAAACAAUUUGCCAA